AUGCCCUCCAAUGACUUUGUCCGAACUGUAUCCCGCAACUUCCGAGUACUUGUGAUCGGGGGCUCUUAUGGUGGUCUAUCUGCUGCGUUGGCCCUCAUCGAUCUUUCACAGGGUCGCCUCCCGCGUUUCAACUGCAAUCCUGAUGCCAAAGCUCCGCCUCAUCGCGUUCCGAUACAGAUAACCGUAGUUGAUAAGCGAGAUGGCUAUUUUCAUCUAAUAGGAUCUCCAAAGGCCCUAGCCUGCGAGAAAUUCGCGUCCGAGGCAUGGACUCGUUUCCAAGAUAUUCCCGGGCUCAAGUCUCCAGAUCUCAGCUUUAUCCAGGGAAGCGUCAGUUCGGUUGAUUUCAGUGCCAAAGUUGCCCAUAUUGUCGAUGCAGACACCAACAACAACCGCACAGAGCCCUAUGACUACUUGAUUGCAGGCUCAGGGCUGCGUCGGUCUUUCCCCACUGUUCCCCAAUCCUUGCGGCGAGAUGAGUUCCUCAAAGAAGCCAGAGAACAUAUGACGAAUGUGAAGCAAGCCCGUGAUGGCAUCGUAGUUGUCGGUGGAGGCGCUGUGGGCGUGGAGAUGGCUGCCGAAUUGAAGAUCCUUAACCCAGCACAAAAGGUCACCCUGAUCCACUCACGCAAGCGCUUGUUAUCUUCGGAGCCGUUGCCCGAUGGCUUUGCCGAGCGCGUAGUUUCUAUAUUGCGUGAUACAGGAGUGGAGGUCAUCCUAGGACAACGCGUUAUCGAUACCACCGCUGUGGAGACGAAAAAUGAGACAAGGGUCUGGAAUCUCACGCUCAGCGAUGGCCAACAACUCAAAACUGGCCAUGUUCUAAAUGCCGUCUCUCAAAGCGUUCCAACAUCAACAUAUCUGCCGAAAGAGGCCUUAAAUGAGGAGGGAUACAUCAAAGUGCACCGCUCACUACAAUUCUCCGGUGCUAUCCCUAACGCAGAGCAUCAUUGGGCAGUGGGAGACCUCACUGCGUGGGAAGGUAUCAAGCGCUGUGGUGGUGCAAUGCAUAUGGGCCAUCACGCGGCGAUCAAUAUCCAUCAGCACAUGAUGGCCCAGUGCAUAGGCGGAAAGCCAGACUACCAGACCCUGCAAACCGUUCCCAUCUGUGAUGGGCCUGGCUCUCGUUAUAUCCCUAGCGAGGGCACCCGCGAGGGCGAAGACCUAAUGAAGAGCUUGUUUGGCAAAGACAUGGGACAUACCAGUGCGUCUUUAUCAUCAGGAAUUUUUGAAUUGAAAAGCUGA